AAGUCAGCAGGCCACACCCCUCAUGCCAGUGUGUGGCAGGACGGCGACGGGACAGAGCGGGAGCGAGAGGCUGGCGCAGACCCCUGAGGCAGCCCAUGUUGAUCCCCACUGCCCCAGCAGCCCCGCAGUGCUGAGACAUUUCUGGCAACCUUACUCGUUCCGCACCCCUAUCCUUUUGUCCGCCAAGGAUGGAGGAGGAACGCACUGCACACAUGCAGUUUAUCCAGACCUUCCUGCAGAGCUCAGUGAAGGUAACCUCAGCCGUUUCCAGGGUAGCAGUGCCCGUGUCUCCUGAUGGGCCCACUGGCUCUGCUGCCAGGCUGCUGGGGGCUGCUGGCUGGGCAGAGCUGCUCCCCAGGUCUCCUGCACAGCACUGCAGCCCCAGUGCUCCAGUCCCGCUGGCCACGUGCCCCCCUUCUCACGCUGCCUGUUUGUGUCUCUGCCCCCCGGCUGCCCAGGAGGAGGCUCAGAAGGUGCAAUUCCUGCAGGCCGUCUCCAGCCUCUGCACAGCUGCCAGGGACCAGGGCUUCCUAGAGGAACUAAGGGAGUUCUGUGAGCAACAUCAGGUGGCAGAGAACAUCAAGGCGCUGGUGGAAGAGGAGCCCAUGGACCAUGUGCACACAGUGGUGCGGCAGCAAGCCAUGCUGACCCUCGCCCAGAUGAGCAAAGUGCAGAUGCUAUUGAAGCGCAAGAAGAAAAGCCUUUUAACGUCCUGUUUUAGGAAGGUCUUCUUGCUUCCCCCCAUCACUUCUAGGAAGGGCGAAGACAGCAUUCUCUACUUUCAGACCCUGGAUGCCAUGGACGUCCUGCUGGAGAGCUUCGUGCUCAGCUCCCCGGGCUCCAGGGAUCUGCGGAGAAUCUUGCAGAUGCUGCUGCCCUUCACAGACAUCGAGCACGCAGCUGUGUGUGAACGGGCCGUGGCAAGGAUCGCAAAGCUGGCCGAUUUGAUGGCCAGCUCUUCCUCAGUGCAGGUAAGGAGGCAGGCACCCUCCAGCCAGGCUGUCUCCCAUUCCCUGCCCACCGUGGGCAGCAGCCUGCAGCUGGAGAUGCCUGAGGCAUUCAGCAUGGCUCUGCCCUGGGCAAGGGUCUUGGCUUCUCUUUUUCCCAUGGUUUUCCCUCCGUCGCAGUGCCCUUUCUGCCAGGAGCCAUCUUGGCUCCCAGUCCUGUGCAGGACAGCACUGCCCAAGGAGCAUGGUGGGAGGCCAGGCCUGGCAGCUCUCCCUGCCCUGCUGCCCAGCUCGCUGCUUUGGGAGGGCCCUGCACAGCUCUGAGCCUCCAGGAUCCUUCCCUGGGGCAGAGUCUCAGGUUCAGAGCUUUUGUUGAGCUGCUGUCCCUCAGCCCUUCUGCC